UGAGUGAUAAUUCCAAAUUGUUCUUAAAGUAUUGCAAGUUUUUAGCGAUUUUUUUCUCUCUUCCUUUUAUGCUAUUCGUAACCCACCAAAUUUGCUCUAAGUCUUUUGACCUGUAAAAUUAACCUCAAUCUCAAACCUGAAAUUUUUUUUGUGAAAUGGAUUCAAAUAAAAAAAGUACCAAAGAGGAUUUAAGUAAAUAUGACUGGAUAAGUUUGCGAAAUGAAAUGGAUGAAGGGAAAACUAUUGAAACUGCUGCAGAAAAAUUCCGCAGAAAGUUUUCUGAGGAACCUUUUAUACCAAUAGGCGCAUUAGCAACUGCGACUGCUCUUUCUGUUGGACUUUGGAGCUUUCGAACAGGUAGAAGAAAGCUGUCACAGUAUAUGAUGAGAACUCGAAUUGUAGCCCAAGGUUUUACAGUUGCUGCUUUGGUUUUUGGAAUACUCAUGGGCGCCAAAGGCAUUGCAAAAUAACUUUAUUGAGCAGUUCACUUUGUUGACUUAGCAAGUACAAUAUGCUUAAAUGUAAAUAUAACUUUUGAUUAUGCUAGGAACCUGUGCAUAAAAAAUUGAGAACUCCAUUAAGCGUUUUCAUGUAUGUUAAUUAAAAUGAAAAUUGAAAUGAAGUACAAACAAAAGUAUAUCAGGACUUGCUAUAAGGAAAGCUCCUUUUUUACUUGGCAAUUUUACUGUUCCUAGUUGUUUCACAUUCCUUCAUUACAAAGGAAUUGGGGCAUACUAUUCAAUUUUAAAUAAAACAAUCAUUUUUUUAUUCUUUUGGAUUUAUGAUUUGAUUAAGGUGAUUAGAAAUAUAAUCUCAAAAACAGAAAAAUUCUAAAAUUAGCUGUAUUAUGUAUUCUAGUGACAUUGCUGAAUGUUCAGGACCUGCAAUUAAAAAAAAAUGCGUUCACCAAUUUAACCAAAUACUUGCAAUGUAAUAAAAUUGCAACAGCUGAUGGAAAAUAUUGAAAUUGCAACAGUGAAAAGUUGCCAAGUGAGAAACGGGUUUACGACACCAUAAUAAAAUAGUUUCAAAAAGUGCUUGAUUUAAUUUAUUAAAUUUUAUGAGUAGUAGGCUUCGAAUUUAUUUGAUGUCUGUCGCCUUUUAUGAUGUCCGUAGAACGAGAUCGACGUUGUGACUUGCAUUCAAUGAACUCCUUACCUUGUAU